AUGCGGCCAGAGGGCGCGGGAAUGGAGGUUGGCCGCUGCGAGGAGGGCUUGCCGGAGGAGAGCAGGAGGGAGCACUGGCAGUUGCUGGGUAAUUUGAAGACUACUGUGGAGGGUUUAGUGUCAGCCAACAGCCCCAAUGUCUGGUCCAAGUAUGGUGGCCUGGAGCGGCUUUGCAGAGACAUGCAGAGCAUCCUCUAUCAUGGGCUCAUCCAUGACCAGGUGUGUUGCCGCCAGACUGAUUACUGGCAGUUUGUGAAAGACAUUCGCUGGCUCAGUCCCCACUCAGCCCUUCAUGUGGAGAAGUUUAUCAACUUGCAUGAGAAUGGCCAGAGCAGCCCGGAUGGCGUGAGUGAGCGUGCCGUGGCUGAGCUGUGGCUGCAGCACAGCCUGCAGUGCCACUGCCUCUCAGCCCAGCUCCGACCUCUGCUGGGGGACAGACAGUACAUCAGAAAAUUCUACACAGAUACUGCUUUCCUGCUAAGCGACGCCCACGUCACGGCCAUGCUUCAGUGCCUGGAAGCAGUGGAACAGAACAACCCUCGCCUGCUGGCUCAGAUUGAUGCUUCUAUGUUUGCCAGAAAGCAUGAGAGCCCACUCCUGGUGACAAAGAGCCAGAGCCUGACAGCUCUGCCUGGUUCCGCAUACACCCCUUCAACCAACAGUGCUCAGCAUUCCUACUUUGGGUCCUUCUCCAGUCUCCACCACCUCCCCCACCACAGCUUAGAAAGAAGAUCUACUUCCUUUUCACUCUCUGGCCCGCUCCGAAAACCUCAAGAAACCAGAGGGCAUGUCUCAGCAGCAGAGGAUCAAACUGUCCUAGACCCUCUGCUUCCAAUCACUGCAUUAGCCAAGGACUCCCCCACGACCCCCAAUGAGAUGAGCUCCAGCACUCUGACCAGCCCCUUGGAAGCAUCCUGGGUCAGCAGCCAGAAUGACUCCCCAAGUGAUGCCAGCGAGGGGCCUGAGUACCUGGCCAUCGGCAACCAGGACCCCCGGGGCCGGACCGCCAGCUGUCAGAGUCACAGCAGCAAUACCGACAGCAGCAGCUCCAAUUUGUUCUCCUCCAGCAGCUCCCAGAAACCAGAGUCUGCUGCUGCUUCUCUAGGGGACCAGGAGGGAGGUGGGCAGAGCCAGUUGUCCAGUAUCCUUCGCAGAUCUAGCUUCUCAGAGGGGCAAACGCUCACUGUCACCGGAGGAACAAAGAAGAGCCAUACUCGCUCCCAUUCGGACACCAACAUUGCCUCCAGAGGAGGCCCAGGAGGCCCCAGGAAUAUCACCAUUAUAGUUGAAGAUCCCAUUGCAGAAUCCUGCAGUGAUAAGUCGAAGUUGAGAGGCCCCUUGUCCUACUCUGGUCAAAGCAGUGAAGUCAGCACACGCAGCUCUCUGUACAUGGAAUAUGAGGGCAGUCAGUACCUGUGUUCAGGAGAAGGCAUGUUCCGAAGACCAUCAGAAGGACAGUCCCUUAUCAGCUACCUAUCUGAGCAAGACUUCGGCAGCUGUGCAGACCUGGAAAAGGAGAAUGCCCACUUUAGCAUAUCAGAGUCUUUGAUCGCUGCCAUCGAGCUGAUGAAGUGCAACAUGAUGAGCCAGUGCCUAGAAGAGGAGGAAGGGGAGGAGGACAGUGACAGGGAGAUCCAGGAACUGAAGCAGAAGAUCCGCCUUCGUCGCCAGCAGAUCCGCACCAAGAACCUGCUCCCCGGGUACCAGGAGAUGGAGCAUGGAAGCUUUCGGCUCACUUCCAGCAGCUCCCAGUUCAGUUCACGUGAUUCAGCACAGUUCUCUGACUCUGGCUCUGCUGAUGAUGAGGUUGAUGAAUUUGAAAUCCAAGAUGGUAGUGAAGGAUCUAACCUGACUCACGUGUCAAAGAAUGGACUCUCAGUGUCAGUGGCCUCGCUGUUUUCAGAUGCUGACAUCAGAAGGAGCACGCCCUCGCACAGCAAAUCCUUCAUUUCCUCUCAGUCCUUCUCCCACUGCCUCCUGCACUCCACGUCUGCUGAGGCUGUGGCCAUGGGGCUCCUGAAGCAGUUUGAGGGGAUGCAGCUCCCCGCCGCCUCGGAGCUGGAGUGGCUUGUUCCAGAGCACGAUGCCCCUCAGAAGCUCCUGCCCAUCCCUGACUCACUGCCCAUCUCCCCAGAUGACGGGCAGCACGCGGACAUCUAUAAGCUGCGUAUCCGCGUGCGCGGCAACCUGGAGUGGGCGCCACCCCGGCCACAGAUAAUUUUUAAUGUUCAUCCAGCCCCAACGAGGAAAAUCGCUGUGGCCAAGCAGAAUUACCGCUGUGCAGGCUGCGGCAUUCGGACUGAUCCUGAUUACAUCAAGCGGCUGCGGUACUGUGAGUACUUGGGCAAGUACUUCUGUCAGUGCUGCCACGAGAAUGCCCAGAUGGUUAUCCCCAGCCGCAUUCUGCGCAAGUGGGAUUUCAGCAAGUACUACGUCAGCAAUUUCUCCAAGGACCUGCUCAUUAAGAUCUGGAAUGACCCUCUCUUCAAUGUGCAGGACAUCAACAGUGCCCUCUAUAGGAAGGUCAAGCUGCUCAAUCACGUCCGGUUGCUGCGGAUCCAGCUCUAUCACAUGAAGAACAUGUUCAAGACCUGCCGACUGGCCAAAGAGCUUCUGGAUGCCUUUGACACCGUUCCAGGCCACCUGACGGAGGAUCUCCACCUGUACUCGUUGAAUGACCUGACUGCCACCAGGAAGGGGGAGCUGGGGCCCCGGCUUGCUGAGCUCACCAGGGCGGGGGCUGCCCAUGUAGAGCGAUGUGUGCUCUGCCAAGCCAAGGGCUUCAUCUGUGAGUUCUGCCAGAAUGAGGAUGACAUCAUCUUCCCCUUUGAGCUUCACAAGUGCCGGAUCUGUGAAGAGUGUAAAGCGUGCUACCAUAAAACUUGCUUCAAGUCUGGGAGCUGUCCCCGCUGUGAGCGGCUGCAGGCCCGGAGGGAGCUGCUGGCCAAGCAGAGCCUGGAGUCCUACAUGUCAGACUAUGAGGAGGAACCCACCGAGGCCUUGGCCCUGGAGGCCACCGACCUGGAGACCACCUGA